AUGGGCAUCACUACCUUUACCCAAGAAUUCACAACCCCAAUUGCCCCAACAAGAAUGUUCAAGGCUUUGGUUCUCGAUUCCCACAAUCUCAUCCCCAAAAUUGCCCCCCAGGGCAUCAAGAGUAUUGAGUUCAUCGAAGGAGAUGGAGGAGUUGGAAGCAUCAAGCAGAUCAACUUUGCCGAAGGUGGUCACUUGAAGUAUUUGAAACAUAAAAUUGAUGCUCUCGACUCCGAUAACCUCGUCUACAAGUACACCUUAAUUGAAGACGAUGUGGUCUUUGAUAAAACUGAAUCCGUUGUUUACGAGGUCAAAUUUGAGGCUUCAAGCAAUGGUGGAUGCGUCUGCAAGAUGUCCAGUGAGUACCACACAAAAGCUGGUGUGGAGCUUAAGGAAGAGGAUAUCAAACAGGGCAAAGAGAAGGCCAUGGGGCUGUACAAGGUCGUCGAGGAGUAUCUUUCGGCCAAUCCCAAUGUUUAUGCUUGAUGCGUUGCGCCUUUUAAGUAGACCUUUCUUUUUCAAUGAAAAUUGUGUGUGCGGUUUUUCAUUUAAAUCUUUUCUUCUGGGCGUUGUUGUGUUGGAUUUGCUUUGGGAGAUCUAAGUCGAUGGACCUUAAGCUCUCCCCAGAGUUGUCACAUUG